CCCGGAUGUAGUUUCUAUCGGCAUCACAAACAAGAGGAUGUCCAGUUAGCAAGCCAGUUAGCGUUCUGCUAACAAAGUCUGGAAGUUGCACUAUUAUUGUCAGCAGGUGAAUUCUGAAUCAGGUGUGCGGGGUGUCGGACUUUCCUAAAGUCAACCUUUGACCUUUACGUUUCCGGAUUAUUCACUCGUGAAGUCGGAGAGCCGGAAAUAACCGAAGCUAGCUCGUUAGCUUCGUUCGGCUAACGUUAUCGAGGCCAGCUGCUGUAACGUGGAUGUGUGAGAAGAAGAAGAAGGAGGCGUUCGUUGAUUUAACAUCCUCAUUAAGUAUCAGGACAUGUUAUCAACCCCGAGGAGGAAUAACUAACGUGUUACAGAAGAGUUUAGCUUAGCAGCAGGUUAGCUUCAGAGGAGAGUCAUGGACGACUUCAGCUCCAUCAGUCUGCUCUCUGUGGCCAUGUUGGUGGGAUGUUAUGUAGCCGGGACGAUCCCCCUGGCUGUCAACUUCUCAGAGGAGAAGCUGAAGCUCAUCACCGUGCUGGGAGCGGGGCUGCUAUGUGGGACUGCGCUGGCUGUCAUCAUUCCUGAGGGGGUCCAUGCACUUUAUGAGGAAAUACUUGAAGGUGAACACAACAAACACGGACAGGUCGGAGUCUUGGUGGCGUCUGAGGCCAAAGUGGAAGGCGUUGAGACGGCCCUGAGUGCGGGCGUGGAACACGAGCACAGCCACGAGCAGCUCCACGCCUGCAUCGGGGUCUCUCUGGUCCUGGGCUUCGUCUUCAUGCUGCUGGUGGAUCAGAUCGGCAGCUCUCACGUGCACAGUAGUACUGAAGAUCCAGAGUCCGCAAGAGUCGCCUCCUCCAAAAUCACCACCACCCUGGGUCUCGUGGUCCACGCUGCAGCUGACGGUGUGGCGUUAGGAGCCGCCGCCUCCACCUCUCAGACCAGCGUUCAGCUCAUCGUCUUUGUGGCCAUCAUGCUGCAUAAGGCUCCUGCAGCGUUCGGCCUCGUGUCGUUCCUGAUGCAUGCUGGUCUGGAGAGAAAUCGCAUCCGCAAACAUCUCCUGGUCUUCGCCCUGGCAGCACCCGUCCUCGCCAUGCUCACCUUCGUAGGCCUCAGUCAGAGCAGUAAGGAGGCCCUGUCCGACAUCAACGCCACCGGUGUGGCCAUGCUCUUCUCCGCCGGCACCUUCCUCUACGUGGCCACCGUCCACGUCCUCCCCGAGGUGGGUGGCGGGGGCGGCCACAGCCACGCCCCUAAUGGAGGGAACGGGGGCAAAGGACUGAGCAAGCUGGAGGUGGGAGCGCUGGUGCUGGGCUGCCUCAUUCCUCUGGUGCUGUCCGUCGGUCAUCACCACUAAGACGUGGUGCUCGGGGCGGAUGAACGAUGACGGCUGUACAGAGAAAACACAAAGAGAGAGAGAGAUUAAAGAUGGAGGGAUCUAAACGUCUUAUUGUUAGUGUCUGCUGGUGGACCUCGACGACCAGAGCUCGUUUCAGGGACUCAAACUGACCUGGAAACAGACUGAAUGAUGUCACAGGAAGUCCGAGCCGCUGCAGUGACUUCAGAGCAGGAGCUGAUGUUUCUGAUCUGUUCAGAUCCUCCUGUUUGUGUCCAUUUAUUCCACAUAAACCUUUUUUAAAGACGGAUCUGUUUAUUUACAUCACCGCAGAGUUCCAGUGUCAUCGUGCUCAACGGAUCUCUGCACGGCGGUGACAGUUGCACAGCUGAGAUUGAGACGGUCUUGAUUUAAGAGAGCACUUUUUUUCUGUAUCUUACAGCGGUUAAAUGUCUUAGCAGCGAUCCACAGUGAUUUGAAAUGAUUGUCAAGUGCCAUAUUAACAAAGUGAGACCUGGAGGAGAGAGCGCCACAGUUUGACAGAAACACUCCCGACUCAUCACAUUCUGUUUCUUCUUCUGGCUGCAGGAUCAGAAAUCAGCCAGACGCCAUGAGCUCACAUUUGUUUGGCAUGUGAGUCAGAAUAUAUCCGUGUUGAUCAUCAGUUUGUGGUCUGAACAGGAGGGAGGGCUCGUGUAGUCUCUCUCCUCUUCAAACACGCUCGAUGUUCUGGGACUCGUCGUCUUUCUAAAUGUGCUUCUUUCUCUUUGUUACAUGCAGGUUAAUCAUUAGACUGGAGGAUAGAACUGUAAAGAAUCGUUAGGUGAUCAUGUAAAGUGUUUAUGAGCUUCUUUUUCUUUUUUAAAGGUGGAGGGUAGUUCAGCAGCUCUGAUUGGACCAAAUGAGCAGGGUUAGGUUAACUUAACUGAACAGAAACAUUUCGGGACCAUCGGCUCAGAGUUACAGGUUAUUAAGUCAAACUUUCAACAAACCUAAUCAUCUUUUCUCGUUUAUUUAUCCCUCAUUAAUUAGUCGUACCCGAGCAGUAACUCAAAGCACAGACGCUCUUGAACGCAUCCCCUCCCGCCAUGCCUCGUCCUCCAGGUGGAUGAAUGAAGGUGUAAUCAGGCCGCUGUAGUGAGUGUUCCUGUUUGACUGUGCGGCUCCCUGCAGACUGUAAAUGUUUGUACUGUACAGAGUCACUUCUUCUUUUCACGCUCAUCAUGAUCGCUGUGUGUCGGACAGAACCGCUGACUCACACAGGCUUUGUUUGAUCGUGACUCUUUGGACCCUGACGGACUCUUCUCUGAGGCUGCAGACUCUCAUGUAUGAGUCGAACACUUGUGCUCCACACCUGAGGACCUCACCUGUUCCUCUGUGAGACGGAGAACGGGUACAGAGGAGUGGGCCGCAUGCAGACCAGCAGCUGCAUGAGCUUUUUUCUUUUCUUUUCUUUUUUUUAUGAGAAGCUGUAAGUUUGUAUAAAAGUAAAAAGAAAAGUUUCUGUGCAGUCGGACAUGUUAGAGGACAGCCCCAGUAUGUGCAUCGUUAUCACAUCCCUGCUGAGAUCUGUCAUCGAUAAGUUCAGUGUCAACAAACCUUUGAACACUUUUCGACCUCGAGACGCCUAAAAAACAAACAAACACUAAAACCGAGGCAUUGUUUUUGAACGGCCUCCAAAUAACCUGAAAAAAUUUCAGAAAAACUGCUCAGAAUUCAACAUUUACUCAAAUCACUUACAGGGGUGAUGUCAGCACAUACCGGAAUGAUGUCAUCACUUACUGGAGUGAUGUCAGCACAUACCGGAGUGAUGUCAGCACAUACCGGAGUGAUGUCAGCACAUACCGGAGUGAUGUCAUCACUUACAGGGGUGAUGUCAUCACAUACCGGGGUGAUGUCAUCACAUACUGGGGCUGUUGUAACUUUCCGUCUUUUAUUUUUUACUUUCUGUCAUUCCAGGUCGAGUCUGCCUUAUUUCCAAACAUUCUGAUUGUGAGGAGAAGUUGUAAAGCGGUGUGUUUUAUGACGACUAAAUUAAAGUUUUUUUAAAACUGGUGAAAAUAUUUGUUUAAAUCCUGAUUCUUCAUUUCAACCUGUUUCAUGUUUGUUGUUGAUUCCAUGUUUAAGUUUUUGUUUUGAGUUUCAUACGGACGACGAUCCGGGCCACACAUCGAGACAAAAGUCUGAAUGUCAUGAAAACGUUUUUUUAAUAUCAUUUCUAGAAUAAAGUAGAAAGUUCAUUAA